GCGAGCUGCUCUUUGAAGGGCCGUACUUGAGCUCAGAGCAUGCAGAGCUGAUGAAACAUGGCUUGAAAGAUGGAUCGGCUUUACAGGGGAGCAGAGUCCAUUGGCUCCUACACUGCGGAAAGCUUUUUCUGGCCGUUCUGUUCCAUCUACAAAAGAUCCUUAUCUCAGCCCCACCAGAAGAGCCAGAAAUUUCAUGGGCGUGCAAUGCCACAGGAGACAGGAAACAGCCAUUCUUGCCUGUCAGCCAGUCCCGAUGUGGAAGAAGAAGAAUGUGAACUCGGUCCCCAGAAGGACCCCACAAGGCAUUCGCCCCUGGACUCCGAUCAAGAGCUGACAAAAGGUCUGAAGGAGAAAGAGCUCACCCCAAAGAAACUGCAGCUCCUUCUGGUGGGGAAAACAGGAAGUGGGAAAAGUGCAACAGGAAACAGCAUUCUUGGCAGGCAAGAAUUUGAGUCCAAAAUCAGCUCUAGACCAGUGACCUUGACCUUCCAGAAAGGGAGUAGAGAGUGGGAUGGAAAGGAGGUUGAGGUGAUCGACACCCCGGACAUUUUGUCACCUCAGUAUCAGCCUGAAGUGGCAGCUGAGAAGAUCUGUGAAGUCUUGGCCUCUCCAGGGCCCCAUGUGGUGCUCCUGGUGAUACAGGUGGGCCGGUACACGGCAGAAGACCAGCAAGCUGCCAGGCGCCUCCAGGAGAUCUUUGGAGAAGGGAUCCUGGCUUACACCAUUCUGGUAUUCACUCGGAAGGAAGACCUGGCUGGGGGCUCCUUGGAGGAAUAUGUUCAAGAGAACAACAAUAAGAGCCUGGAUGAUCUGCAUGUUGCUUGUGAGAGGCGACACUGCGGCUUCAACAACAAGGCACAAGGGGAUGAGCAGAAGGCUCAACUGGAGGACCUUAAGGAGAAAAUAGACUUGGUCUUGUGGGAAAACGAGGGCCACUGUUACACCACAAAACUUCCAAAUGUUCCCAGCAAAGCAGUUUAACCACAGAGCAAGGCUCUGAGGAGGAAUCCCUCGAGGAGUCCUGGCUGAAAGGUUGUCCCAGAUCCUGAUGGCUUCUGAGAGACCUGUAGGUACCUGAUAGGGAGGGCAUCCUGACGAGUGCAGGACGACCAUACGCAGGAGUGUCUUAGUCAGUGUUCUCUUGCUGUGAAGAGACACCAUGACCAUGGCAACUCCUAUAAAAGAAAGCGUUUAUUGGGACUGGCUUAUGGUUUCAGAGGCUUAGUCCAUUAUCGUCAUGGCUGGGAGCAUGGCAGGAAGCAGACAUAGAGCUGGAGGAGGAGCUGGGAGUUUACAUCCAGAUCCACAGACAGCAGUUUGAGGGAGACUCUGGGUUUGGAAUGGGCUUUUUGAAACCUCAAAACCCGCUCCCAGUGACAGACUUCCUCCAACAAGGCCACACCUCCUAAGCCUUUCAAACAGUGCCACUCCUGGUGACCAAGCACUCAAAUCUAUGAGCCUAUGGUGGUCAUUCUCAUUCAAACACCACAAGGACAUUCGAUCAGCAGCUGUACCCUGUGUCCAGCCCUUGUUAUCUGCUUCCUCUGUCUCCAAAGAGAACUUUCCAGUCCUUAGGUCAGACAGUCAAGUGUGGCAAUGGGGUGAGGCCUCAGUUCAGGGGACCCAGCUACAUUCUGUGUCCAGCUAUGUCGUUUCUUUCUGACACAUGGGUGGUCCCCCUUACACUUAGCCCAUAGCACAGUGCCCUGACAGGGGACUUUCUGUCCCACUGAUACCACAUUUUUAUGUUCUGUGUUUAAUCUCUGAUACAACCAUAGCUCUUUGCCAUUGCCUGACUCUUUCUUUCAUGUAAGUUACACAGCUGCCUAGCCAAGGUCAUCAGUGUUGAACCAAGCCAGGGACAGCCAUGGACCAAAUGAUUAUAUAUUUCUUAAGUUUCAUCCUUAUCCAUAAACAGGGACAGACAUUAUGAUUACAAGAUGCCUGCCCCGUGUAAUGGGUAGAAAAUGACAACAAGACAGACUAGAGAGGCCCAGACCAUCAGUUAGGGUUUUCUUCCACGAUGUAAGAUGUUUUCAUAGGCUGUGCUCUAGAACCAUGUUCUAAGCACUGAUGUAAGGUAUGUUCAUAGGCUGUAUUCUAUAACCGUGUUCUAAGCACAGAUGAAAGGUGUUUUCAUUGGCUGUGCUCUAGAACCGUGUUCUAAGCACUGAUGUACUUCCAAGCUUUUGAGAGACUUUGCUGCAAUGAUCACAUGUGCACAGUGACUAUCUUUGAACCAUAUGUCCUUUCUGGGAUGAGGGGGCAUCUAGUGCCUCUUUCGUCUUUUGGAACAUUUGUCAUUUGGAACAAAUGUAUGCAAGCAGAUCACCAUGCAAAUGCAAACCUUGCAACAGAUCCGAAGGCAGACAGGACAUGGCAGAGACUCCAAGGAGUCAGAAAUCUGAGGGCGCCAAUGCAGAAACCUUGCCUGUGUGCUGUCUCCCUGGGCUUCACCAUAGACUCCCAAUAAAGUCGUGUUCCCUGGGUA